GGUCCCCGGGCCCCCCCCGGCCCGCAGCCCAUGUCGGGGCGGCGGGAGGCGACGCUGCCCGCCUGCUUCGCGGGGCUGGGCGCGGGUAGUCCGCGGCCGCGGCAGAAGCGCGGCGGGAUGUUCUGCAGCGUGGAGGACGCCUUCGACAACAAGACGCUGGACUUCGCCUCGCUCGGCGCCCCCGGCCCCGCGACCCCUGGCCCCGGGCUCCGCCACCCCCCCGGCCCCGGGCCCGCCGCCGCCCCGGGGGAGCCGCCGCCCGGCUGCCCGCAGAGUGACCAGCUUCUAAUCAAAGGAGGAAAAAUUGUCAACGACGAUCAGUCAUUUUAUGCGGACAUUUAUGUGGAAGAUGGUUUAAUAAAACAAAUCGGAGAAAAGCUGGUUGUUCCCGGUGGUGUAAAGACAAUCGAUGCCUACGGCCAGAUGGUGAUGCCGGGGGGGAUAGACGUCCACACCAGGCUGCAGAUGCCCGUCAUGGGGGUGACCUCUGCUGAUGGCUUCUACCAAGGCACCAGAGCAGCCCUGGCAGGAGGCACCACGAUGAUCAUUGACCACGUCUGCCCGGACACUGGGACCAGUCUCCUGGCUGCCUACGAGCAGUGGCGCGGCGCCGCCGACAGCCAGGCCUGCUGCGAUUACUCCCUGCACGUCGACAUCCCUCGCUGGCACGAAAGCCUGAAGGAGGAACUGGAGGCCCUGGUGAAGGACAAGGGUGUGAACUCCUUCCUGGUGUUCAUGGCUUACAAAGACAAGCUGCAGUGCUCCGAUGCGCAGAUGUAUGAGAUAUUCUGCAUCAUUCGAGACCUGGGGGCCAUUGCCCAAGUGCAUGCUGAAAACGGAGACAUCAUCGAUGAGGAGCAGAAGAGGCUGCUGGAGCUCGGGAUUACGGGGCCAGAAGGGCACGUCCUCAGCCGCCCCGAGGAGGUGGAAGCGGAGGCGGUGUACCGUGCCAUCACCAUCGCCAAACAAGCCAACUGCCCCUUGUACAUCACCAAAAUAAUGAGCAGAGGAGCAGCAGAUGUCUUAGCUCAAGCGAAGAGAAAAGGCGCGGUUGUGUACGGAGAGCCCAUCACCGCCAGCCUGGGCACCGACGGCUCGCACUACUGGAGCAAAAACUGGGCCAAAGCUGCAGCCUUCGUCACGUCCCCCCCCAUCAGCCCGGACCCCACCACGCCGGGUCAUCUCACCUCCCUCUUGUCCUGCGGGGACCUGCAGGUCGCGGGCAGCGCUCACUGCACCGUCACCACCGCCCAGAAGGCAGCGGGGAGGGACAACUUCACCCUCAUCCCCGAGGGCACCAACGGCGCCGAAGAGCGGAUGGCGAUAGUUUGGGAAAAGUGCGUGGUCCCCGGGAAGAUGGACGAGAAUGAUUUCGUCGCGGUGACCAGUACCAAUGCUGCCAAGAUCUUCAACUGCUACCCCAGGAAGGGCCGCGUCGCCGUGGGCGCUGACGCAGACUUGGUUUUGUGGAACCCCAAAGCUACUAAAAUCAUCUCCGCAAAAACCCACAAUCUGAACGUGGAGUACAACAUAUUUGAAGGCACAGAGUGCCACGGGGUUCCCACCGUGGUCAUAAGUCAGGGAAAAGUUGUUCUUGAAGAUGGAAACCUGUGUGUCACCCAAGGGUCAGGCCGCUUCAUUCCUAGAAAGACGUUCCCCGAUUUUGUUUAUAAAAGGAUAAAGGCAAGAAACAGGCUGGCCGAAGCCCGCGGUGUUCCCCGGGGGCUGUACGACGGGCCGGUCCAUGAUGUCCUGGCCAACGCCAAAGCCGUGGCCCCCGCCGCCCGGAUCGCGCCCUGCGCCGGCAAAGCCCCGGCCCCCCCCGUGCGCAACCUCCACCGGUCGGGGUUCAGCUUGUCUGGCUCGCAGGCCGACGACCACAUCGCCAGGCGCACGGCUCAGAAGAUCAUGGCCCCGCCGGGCGGGCGCUCCAACAUCACCUCGCUGUCCUGACGGGGGUCCCGUGUGUCCCCCCCCCCCGCCCUCCCCGGGGCCACCGGUGUGGCUGUCCCCACCCCAGGCACCGCCGGGGACGGUGGGUCACCCUCCAGCUCGGGAUGCAAAAUUAGUUAGUCAUCAGCUGCCCCUUCUCGUAGGUAGAAAGUAGAGUGACCCCCCCCCCCCCCCCCCGGGGAGGUAGCGCUCCCCUCUCCACCCGCCCGCUCUGCAUUUCGUCCCUGCCCCCCGGGAUGCCCCUCUGCGCGCGGGAAGAAGCGGGGGGGCUGCGUUUUGGCUGGCAGGGCCCCCUGCCCAAGCAGCAGCGGCCGCCCUUCCCAGUCCGGAGGGCGUUUUAACCGCCCCCCGCUGCCGAGUCGCUGGGGUUUGGGCUCGGUGGCUGCGGCUCGUCGGCCCGCAGAGCCAGGCAUGAGCGUGCCCGUCGGCGGGGCCGUCGGGCAGGGCGGCUGUGCGUCCGUCUGUCCCUGCCGCGGGGUGGGGGCCGGUGCUGGCGGGCGUGCCGGUGGUCGUUCUGUUCCGCUUGUUUUUUAAAGAUUAUUUAUACACCUUUUCAAGAACCAAGUGUAAGUCUUAGAACCAAUAACAAGGCUCGUUUGAAGGCCAGUCGCAUAUGAUAAACUCUUUUAUAAAGGUUAUUAUAGUCUGUUUAAUAUAUUUAAAGGUAUGUAUAGUGAAGGUGAACCUCUAUGCCACAAAGCUAUGCAUGUACCUCCAGCAGAAUGGCUCGCCGUUCCUCUUCUGUUCCUUGCUUUGAGUAAAGUUUGUCGGAAAUCAUAAAACUGUAGAAGCGGUUGAUC